UACACUGAAAAUGAAAAAAGGACAACUAGAAUGAUAGGUCGAUGUAGAAUUAAACAAGAAUCUCAUUGUCCUUACUGAAAGAAAAUCGAUCGAUGAAAGGAAGACAAGAAUUAACAUUUCGGGAAGGGUUCUUGGGGAUAACGAAAAUCUCUUUAUAAAAAGAAAUAUGAGCUUUAAGUCUCAAGUGUGUCAGAUAUAGAGAUAUAGAAUUAAAUAGUAGAAAUGGGAAAUCCUCAUAUUCUAGCAAUACCUUAUCCAGCACAAGGCCAUGUCAUUCCUCUUAUGGAGCUGUCUCACAGCUUGACCAAACAUGGCUUCAAAAUCACCUUUGUCAACACAGAUUUUAAUCACAAGAGAGUCACGGAUGCAUUUGCCCACAAGGUUUCUGGGGAGGGGUUAAUUCAUCUAGUUUCAAUCCCGGAUGGGAUGGAAGUUGGGGAGGACAGGAAUCAUUUAGGGAAAUUAACUGAAGGCAUUAACCAAGUCAUGCCUGGGGAGCUGAAGGAGCUUAUAGAGAAGAUUAAUAGAUUAGAAGAUGAUGAGAUAACUUGUGUUAUAGCUGAUGUGAAUAUGGGAUGGGCACUUGAAGUUGCGGCAGAGUUGGGAAUCCCCGGAGCUGCUUUCUGGCCUGCAUCUGCCCUUGUAUUGGCCUUCCUUUUUAGCACCGAGAAGUUGAUUGAAGAUGAAGUUAUUGAUGAAAAUGGUACUCCAAUCAAUAAAGAAAAGAUGAUUCAGUUGCACCCAAACACACCUGCCAUGCACCCAAAAACUAUUUUGUGGGUCUGUCUUGGUGACUUAACCACACAAAAAACUGUUUUUGAAUAUGCUCGGACUUACACUAAAGCUAUUGCAAAAGCAGAGUGGCUAAUUUGCAACACAACUUUUGACCUGGAGCCUGGAGCACUUAGCUUAGUUCCAGAGUUCCUGCCCAUAGGACCAGUUUCAGCAACCGGCCAGCUUAGAGACUUGCCAGGAAGUUUCUGGCCAGAGGAUGCAACUUGUUUGAAAUGGCUUGACCAACAGCCACCAGGCUCAGUUUUAUAUGUGGCAUUUGGCAGCUUCACGAUUUUUGAUCCAAUCCAAUUCCAAGAAUUGGCCUCUGGGCCUGGAGCUAUCAACAGGCCAUUUCUUUGGGUUGUCAGACCAGAUAUUACUGAGGGGACUGAACCUGAUGCUCUUUACCCCAACGGAUUUAAGGAAAGAGUAGCCAGUCGUGGGAGGAUGGUGGGUUGGGCACCCCAACGUGCGGUUCUUGCUCAUCCUUCCAUUGGCUGCUUCUUAAGCCAUUGUGGUUGGAAUUCCACUGUUGAAGGUGUAAGCAACGGGGUCCCUUUUCUGUGUUGGCCAUACUUUGCUGAUCAGUUUGUUAAUGAGAGCUACAUUUGUGACAUUUGGAAGAUUGGAUUAAAUUUUAAAAGAGAUGAAAGAAAGAUCAUUACCAGAGAAGAAAUUAGCAGAAAGGUGGAGCAAUUGAUAAAGGAUGAAAGUUUCAAAGCAAGAACUCUUAAACUAAAGGAAUUGGUAAUGAAUAGUGUCAGUGAAGGUGGUAGUUCUGACAGGAUUUUCAAAAACUUCAUUAAAUGGAUCAAGUCAUAA